AUGUUCUGCCUUUGUGGAUUGACAAAGAAAAACAAAGAAUAGGAACAUGCUUAAAACACAAAUAGAACUACUCUUUAAUCCAAAAUGAAUUUAAAUAAUCCUGCCAGUCGAAAUAGUAUUAACAUUGCUCAAGACUGCAAUAGAGUUAGUCAAGAAUACACAGAUUUUUUGUAUGAGUACGAUAAAAGUUAAUAAGAAAAGUCUUAAUUCUUUGAUGAAUAUGAAUGUUCCCCUUACUAAAAACUAGAAGUAGCAUAUUUUAUGUUUAAAUUAAGGAAUCAAAAACUGAUUAUGAAGAAUCUAUGUUAAUGCAUUAAGGAGAUGGAUUAUUAGUGAAAUCAAUCAAAGUCAAUCAAUAAUCCAUCGCAAAAUUGAAAGAUACAUUUACAGCGUUUAUAAUGAGAAUUCUCUAUGAUAUUAAGUCGUUCUUUGAUGUACUUAAAUUCCAAUUGUAUUAAAAUAGAUCACUCCUCUUUAGGAAGUCAAAUUUGUAAAAUCACUUGUGCCCAAUAUCCUGACUGAGUUGACCUAUCGAAGAGUCAAAAAUGAUAAACUAUUGAUUGCUCAUGAUCCGACAGGAAGCUUCUUGCUUAAGCACCUCUCGUCCAGUCAAUAGAUAUAUUUCAUAGAAGAAACUCAAGUCUUUAGACCAAUCUUAGAAAAAGGAAUUGAAGUUUUGAAUUGCUAGAAUAAGUUACAUUUCAUAUCUAAAUCUGAUAUCACCGUUAAACUAGACACUGCCAUUGUGAGUAAAAUAAGCUAUUUAUACUUUUAGAUUUACUGUUCCUUCACGAUAUCCCUAUAUACAGUGUGAUUUGGGAGUACUUGGAUUUGGCACAUGAUCUCAUAUUAAUCCUCUCUCCAAAGUUAGAGUAUCAUGAAAUGAUAUCACAAUUGAGGCAAGGAAUAAAGGAUAGUGCACAGUCGCAUAUCUACUGCAGUGUAGAAAUUCAGUCAGUCUAUGAAUACAACAAGCUCGUAGCCUUUAUUGUUUACUAUGGCGAUAUAUCAGAAAUUAAACAAAAUUAACAAUUGCAUUUUCUAUACAAAUGCAUAUCCAAGACAGUUCAGAAAACAUUUAAAUACAAAGAGUUUCUGAAAAAUUUGAGGAGUCAGAUUGGAGUGAUGAAAUUGGUUGACUUGUUUUCUCUUUACGGUCUAUUAUUAGAUAGUUCGGAUGAGAAUUUCAAGCGAUUCUAUAAGCAAGUUAAGAUAUAAUACUUUCCGAAAAUCAAAUCUCAAAAGUUCAUAUAAGUUGAUAGCACCAAAUCAUCCACUGAAUCUGAGAGUGAAGGUAUUCAAGAGAUAGAAUCUACAAACUCCCUUUUUUCUGAAAUCAAAUUGCCAAGUAAAAGUGAAUCAAUACAUAUGUCCAACUAUGUUUACGUUCACUUCCAUUCAUAAAACAGUUAGAAAUCAACUCAGUAAGAAGAACAAAUUAAAAUCAGUCAAUGA